AUGGUAACACCACGAGGGUUGUGAAGGCGCUGAGCGAGUAUCAACCAAUGAUGUAUAUAAACCCUAGAUCUUUCACAUCUGCUCCUGCAAUGCCCUCUAUUGCUCAUCCUGUGUCUCCUUGACCUGCCGCCACUCCCCCAGUACUCUCUCCCUCUCCCUCUCUCUCUCUUCGUGUGUGUGUGAUUGUGUGGGCAGAGACAGUUGGAGUCAGAGCAGAUCCCCACCAGCUGCAACCUGCUCCAUAAUCAAGACCUCUACAAAUACUCAGUCCUGCCACUUCCACACUGUCAGAUCGUAAUCUCUGCUCAGUCAGUCUACGGUUCCAGCCAUUUGUUACUAUUCAUAUCCUGUUAUCCUGUUGUGCCUGUUUUCCUUGCCUGACGCUGUUUUCCUCUCCGCUACAGUUCUGCCCGCUCUGACUCUGGUCCCUGUCUCCAGUCCCACGUCUCGUCAUCCUGCUACUCUGUCCUGGAUUCCCCACUCUACUACUCCCUUGGAUUCCCCUCCGGACCUGCUCACCCUGUCUCAACCCCCCUCGCUCCAGCCGCAGCCUCCGCACCUGGUUUCCAGCAGUUUCCCCUGACCUGCUCUCCAUCUCCCCCCUGUGUUUCAAUAAAUACCUUGGUUACUUCAUACCAGUCUCCUCGUCUGAGUCUGCUCUUGGGUUCCCCUGUUCCACUCCGCGUAACAGUACGGUCUGGCCAAAGAGAUGAACCCAGCAGACUCUGCUACUCUCCACCAAACCCUUGCCGGCCAAGACGCCCUGCUUGAGCAACAUGACCAAGCCCUGAAGACCCUUCUGGAACACAUCAAGGAGUUUUCACAGAGCCUGUCUGACCUACAGGGCCGACCCUUCGCCCAGAGCUCACAACAAGUUCCAAGUCCUUCUCCUCCGCUCCGGGAGCCGUUUGUUCCGACUCCCGAGUGUUACGAUGGCAACCUCAGAGCCUGCAGAGCCUUUUUGGUACAAUGUUCACUAGUACUUGAGCAACAGCCCUACUCAUUUGCUAGCGAAUGGGCCAAGAUUUCCUUUCUGAUUGGCUGCCUCCGUGGAGCAGCGCUUUCCUGGGCCACGGCGGUUUGGGAGAGACAGUCCUUCAUCUGCUUCUCCUACUCCAGAUUCACGGAGGAGAUGAAGAAAGUCUUCGACCACCCGGUCUGUGGUAAGGAUGCCGCUAAACGACUCCUGUCCCUCCGUCAAGGCCCCCAUAGUGUUGCUGAGAUGGCAUUUGAGUUCCACACCCUCGCCGCUGAGAGCGGCUGGAAUGAGGAGGCCCUUCAGGGAGCAUUCCGGAACGCGCUCACUGAGACCCUCAAGGACGAGUUGAUGUCCAGGGAUGAGCCUGAUGGACUUGAUGAACUCAUCUCUCUCGCUAUCCGCAUCGACAACCGUCUCUGGGAGCGUUGGAGGGAGAGGGUAGGUAGGGUUGCAUGUCCCAUGACAUCUGCUUCAGUGCCUUGUCCUCCUUCUCCAACUGCAUCCCAUCCCCCAGGCUCGUCCAGAUCCUGAACCCAUGCAGCUCGGCCGGGCCCGUCUCUCUCCAGAGGAAGGCAACGACGAAUCGGCGCUAGGAGCUGCCUAUACUGUGGCCAGGUUGGUCACUUUGUCUCCACUUGUUCCCUGCGUCCAGCAAAAGAGGGGGGCUCGGUAGUAGUGGGGGAUAUACUGUUGAGCCAAAUCACAUGCCCAUCUUCCCCCAGACCCCUGCUUGAAGGCAACCUUGUGUGGCAGAGCCAGGCUUUUCCUCUGUCUGCUCUCAUCGAUUCGGGCGCCGACGAGAGCUUCCUGGACCGAGGUGUCGUUACCCAGUUGGGCCUGGACGCUGUCCCACUCGAUUCACCCCUCGAUGCCAACGCUCUCAAUGGACAGCUCCUCACCCAUGCC